CACUUGAUAGCACAAGACAUUGACAUAGCUGGAGGCCUAGAAGGACUUGCCAAGGUCAACAAACAGCAAAGGGAUUUUUUUUUUAUGAAAAACAUACCAGAACUGACAUCAUAACGCAAAACCAAACACAAGACCUCAAUAAAAUGUAAAAGAAAACAGACAGAGCUGUUCUGUACUCUCACUUUUCUUUUGAGUGGCACAAUUGCACGGCUGUUUUUCUUUUCCACGUCAUUAAACGAACGCCAAACUUAGUUUCAGGCUCACUUUGUGCAAAAACGCCUCCAAAGGAACCGGCACGAAGGCGGAACUCACGCGUGCUGCUCUCGCGUGCGCGCCGUGCUGCACGAGUAAACUGCGCUCGCGCUUUUUUCCUCUCUUUACUCUAGGGUGUAGGGUGCUAUCCAUGUGCACUUCUACCCCAAUAUAUGCACUCACCGGACAUCUCCCUCCUGCAUCUUUUGGCUUGAACAAAUCCUCCUUCCCAGCUGUGCUUCAUGAGCAGAGCCUGCGCGGUGGCUGAAACGAUGCGAGCUUUAAGGUUCUCUGCUGUUCACGAUCACCUGAGUAAAACAGCUGCAGGUGGAUUUCACUUAUUUUGAACGAUUCUCUGCUGGAUGAUGCUCCCAACUCAAGCGCACCUUCUUCUUGUCUUCACUCUCACCGGUCGCCUGUGGUGUGUGACGGGCAGUCCUCUUGUGAUGGACCCAAACAGCAUUUGCAGGAGGAGUAAGCCCGCAGGAGGUGCAUAUACUGAAUUGUGUCAAACCCAGCCUGAAAUAAUCCAAAAAGUUGCCAAAGGAGCACGGUUGGCUAUACGCGAAUGUCAACACCAGUUCCGCUAUCAGCGCUGGAACUGUACAGGUCACGGCAAGAGUCUAGGCAAGAUCCUGCAACAAGAUAUUCGGGAAACGGCUUUCAUAAAUGGCAUCAUGGCUGCAGGAGUGCUGCAUGCGGUAACAUGGGCCUGCAGCCAGGGGGAGCUGCUACAGUGUGGCUGUGUGGCUACUAAGAGCUCUUCUGGUAGCCCCAAAGAGGAGGCUACGGAAAGUCCAGUCCUUGCUCUCCAGGAUCAGCGCUGGGAGUGGGGGGGUUGUGGGGAUGAUGUGGACUUUGGCUACAAGAUUUCCCGGCAGUUCAUGGACACCAGGACGCGGAAGGGCAGGAAUGAUAUCAGGAGCCUGAUUGAUCUGCACAACAACGAAGCAGGCAGACUGGCUGUAAAGACGAAUAUGCGAACCGAAUGUAAAUGUCACGGCCUCUCUGGUUCCUGCACGCUCCGCAGCUGCUGGAGGAAGUUGCCUCUGUUCCGCCAGGUUGGAAAUCACCUCAUGCAGAGCUUCCGAAUGGCAGUUCGUGUGAUGGGUGGCAAUGACGGCAAAUCCAUCGUCUCCCUUGACAGGGAUGCCCUGCCCCUGGGUGCCCACAGUCUCAUCUAUUCAGAUGAAUCCCCAGAUUUCUGCGUGGCCAAUCGCAGGACAGGAUCCGAGGGGACACGUGGUCGGGUGUGUAACGGUACAGAGACAGGGCCUGGAGCCUGUGAUUGGCUGUGCUGCAACAAAGGACAUGAGGAACACACUCUUGAGUAUGAGGAGAACUGCCAGUGCCAGUUUCAGUGGUGUUGUGAGGUACAGUGUGAGCGAUGUGCUGUGAGAAAAGAGGUCAAUGUCUGCCUUUAGACUUUAAACUGCAUUAGAUUGUAGUUUCUCUGUCCCAAAGACUAAACUCGGGUCAUCAUUUGGAAAAAUAGGUUCUGCAAUGUGUUCUCAUCAAGCCAGCAUUUCUGAAAUUCCCCAAAUUCUGACAAAUCAUUUCAGACGGAGAAACACAGAUACAUGGCCAUUCACUGAGCAUUCUUUGAGCCCAAACAUUUUUUUUUUUUUUUGCACACAUGCAGUCAUUUGGGACACGUGUAUGUUAGGUUUCCUAAGGAAAUCCUAGAUCUGCCUAAUUUAUACAGGCCAAAAAAAAUAUCUUUUCAAAGACCUGUUGUACGCAUUUUAUUUAAUCUCUGUCAUUUAGUCUGUAUUUAAAUUCCUUAUGCUUCCUGAGUGCAUUUUCUUUGAAUAAAAUUCAGUUGU